CUUUUCGGUAACAGUUCGACUCAAAAUCAGAAAAAAAAUUUAAUAAUUAAAACAGCGCUCUCAAUUUUUCAUUCAUAGGUAUUAAAAAUCGGUGCCAGUAAGUCCACCAGCACGAAAUGUCUAUGACCCGAGUCAUCAGGAGCUGCGCUCUGCUGCGCUCCCAGGCCCGUAUUCGGAUUCCUCUUCAAAUACUGCGGGAAAAGGCCGACUACGGAAAAACCGUGUGCAAUCUUAAGAUCAACAAGGAAACCAAGGUUCUAGUACAGGGUUUUACUGGCAAGCAGGCAACCUUUCAUUCUGAGGCUUCGCUCAAGUACGGCACCAAAAUCGUGGGCGGAGUGUCUCCCAAAAAGGGUGGAACAGAACAUCUCGGCAAGCCUGUGUUCGCCUCCGUCUCGGAAGCGGUAAAUGCGGUCAAGCCGGAUGCCACAGUAAUCUUCAUACCGCCACCUUCCGCUGCUGAGGGCAUUUGCUCGGCGAUCGAGAGUGAGAUUGGUUUAAUCGUUGCUAUUACCGAGGGCAUACCCCAGACAGAUAUGGUUCGCAUUAUGCAGAUGCUGCGCUCGCAAGAAAAGAGUCGUUUGUUGGGUCCGAACUGUCCAGGCAUAAUCUCGCCGGACCAAUGCAAGAUCGGAAUUAUGCCAGGGGAUAUCCACAAAAGAGGCGCCGUGGGCAUUGUAUCUCGGUCGGGAACGCUAACCUACGAGUCGGUUCAGCAGACCACCAAGGUGGGCCUUGGACAGGCCCUUUGCGUGGGUUGUGGCGGUGACCCCUUUAACGGUACCAGCUUCAUUGACGCCCUUCGUGUCUUUCUGCCCGACAAGGAAAUUAAGGGUAUUAUAUUAAUUGGCGAGAUCGGAGGCACUGCCGAGGAAGAAGCUGCCGACUACCUACUUAAAAACAAUACAGGCUGUGAAGCCAAGCCGGUCGUGGGCUUCAUCGCUGGCCAAACGGCACCCCCAGGACGUCGGAUGGGCCACGCCGGCGCUAUUAUCUCUGGCGGCAAGGGCGCGGCUAAGGACAAAGUGGAGGCCCUUCGGAAGGCGGGCGUCCGGGUGGCGGAGAACCCUUGCCACCUGGGAUCCACGCUGCUCGAGGAAAUGGUGCGCCUAAAACUGGUCCCACAGCCGGACAAAAAUGCCCAGGUGGACCAUAAGCAGGCCGGUGGGAAGUAACAAGUGACCACAGAGGAGAAGCCUUUUGAAUUGGUGUAUUUGACCAAUAUAUUAAAGUUUAAAAUAAACUCAAUAAUGUUCCCCUCUAA